AUGGUAGGAGGCGGCGGCGGCAGCGGGGUAGGGGGCGGUCUCCUGGAGAACGCUAACCCGCUCAUCUACGAGCGCUCUGGGGAGCGGCCUGUGACCGCGGGCGAGGAGGAUGAGCAGGUUCCCGACAGCAUCGACGCGCGCGAGAUCUUCGAUCUGAUUCGUUCUAUCAACGACCCAGAGCAUCCGCUGACGCUGGAGGAAUUGAACGUAGUAGAGCAAGUACGGGUUCAGGUGAGCGACCCAGAGAGCACAGUGGCAGUGGCCUUCACGCCCACCAUUCCGCACUGCAGCAUGGCCACCCUUAUUGGUCUGUCCAUCAAGGUUAAGCUUCUUCGAUCCCUUCCCCAACGUUUCAAGAUGGACGUGCACAUUACACCAGGGACUCAUGCCUCGGAGCAUGCAGUGAAUAAGCAGCUUGCAGACAAGGAGCGGGUAGCAGCAGCCCUAGAGAACACCCACCUGCUGGAGGUUGUGAACCAGUGUCUUUCAGCCCGUUCCUGA